CAAGAAUAAUACCUAAACUAUUACUGAGCUUCAAAUAGAAUAUUGCUUUUUGAGGUGUGUAUAAAAGACUGGUCCCUUUGGAGGUAAAGCCACUGCAAUCCAAAGUAUCAUCCAAACUGGUCAAGAUGUUCAUCCAAAGCUUUCUGUUGCUUUUAGCGCUCAAUUCGCUGUCCGCAGGACGAGUAAUCCGGCCGGAAGAACGCAUUAUCGGUGGACAACCCAUUGGAAUCGAGGAGGCACCUUGGCAGGUGUCCAUACAACGUUAUGGCGGCCAUUUAUGCGGCGGCUCCAUUUUCAGCGCAGAUAUAAUCAUUUCUGCGGCCCAUUGCUUUUCUGAUCUGAAUGGCCAGGGAUAUCAAGUUCGAGUAGGAUCCGCCUUGAACAACUCCAAUGGAAGUGUUGUCGAAGUAGUCGCUAUAAAGAUCCAUGAAAAUUUUGAGCGAUUAGAGAACGACAUCGCCAUCGUGCUGCUAAGUAAGCCACUUGAGUUCACCAACCAAGUUCAGCCCAUUCCUUUGGCCACGACAAAUCCCUCGCCUGGAUCAACUGCCUUCGUCUCUGGCUGGGGAACUACUUCUUAUUACUCACAUCCCACACAUCUUCAAGGAGUAAGCCUUUACAUUCAAUGGCCGUACUAUUGUGGACUUACUGAACCGUCAAGAAUAUGCGCCGGAUCUUUUGGAAGGACGGUUUGUAAUGGAGACUCUGGUGGACCGUUGGUGGUUGGCCAACAACUUGUGGGUGUUGUAUCCGGGGGUACAGUGGAUUGCACGUAUAGUGCAAUCUUCGCUAGUGUCCCAUAUUUCCGUGAAUGGAUCUUAAAUGCUAUUGACCAAAUAAUGUCAGCGAAACCAAAUAAAUAAAUAUUCACAAUUGCACAACUAA